GGUUCUUACUCAGAGGGAUCCAUCGAUCGAGGUAAGCUCUCUCCAGCAGGCGAGCAGCGGCGGCGGCGGCGGUGGCGGCCGGCGCAUUGCACGCGGAAGUCUCACUUUCUUGCCAUGGGCAUGGAAUUAGCGUCAUGACUUCCAAGCUGCUCCACAGGGGUUCUCACGAGGCACAGGACGAGCUCGAGAUCAUUCUCUCGCAGGCCUACUCCACAUUCCAGGCGCAGCUCAGCGCAUCCUACCUCUCCACAGUGCCGCCAGCACAGCGAGGCCCUCUCACGCAAGCUCUUCUCUACGCCAUUCUCAUCCAGCCCCAGGGAGGAGGAGGAGCGGGAGCUUCUUCCGCUACUAGCUCUUCGGCCACUUCUCUUAUCAAUCAGCUCACGACCAUCACCACAGAUGGCUACGCGGCGUUCGUUGGCCUCCUCCUUCGCCUGGUAAACGAUUCCUACGCGAAACUCUUGGAACAUCCUCGGGGUCAGAUCAUCUGGCUGCUCAAGCAGCUCAUCGAGUUCUAUGCCACGGACGUGGACAAUCUUUGCUUGCUACUGCUCCGCCAGAUCGUCGGAGGUGACACGAGCCCGACCAACGUAUGGCUCGCGAUGCAGAUGCUCGAGGUUCUCACCACCAAAAUCUCCUGGGUGACUUCCAACCAUGGCCUUCUCACCAGCGCGGUCUACACGUAUCUCCGCCUUCUUCCGGAUCACAGCAUGGCGAAGAACUCCUCCGUGAACGAGCUCCGCCAGGCUGAGAUCAAGUUCUGCGCGUCCAUGAUCCGGGAGCACUUCCAGGAGUGCCUCGGGAUUGGCAGGGACUUGAUCCGGCUCUUGCAGGACGUCUCCUCCAUAGCCGAGUUUGAUGCCAUUUGGAGGGACCUCUUGGCGAAUCCGGCAUCGUUCAGGGUGCCUUCGUUCACGGACAUCGGACAACUUUACGUGGUGAAGACUCAUACGAGGUACUUUCAGUCCCGGUUGACGCCAGAGAUGGAGGCACAGAUCAAGUUCAUGCUCACGCAUGUAAGAAUGGGAAGCCAGCGACGGUACCAGGGAUGGUUCACGCAGCGGUUCUUGUCCACCCCGGAGAGCGAGACGCUCGUCUGUGACUUGAUACGGUAUGUUUGCUGCGUCCACCAUCCCAGCAACCAGAUUCUCCAGUCGGACAUCCUGCCGCGGUGGGCUCUCAUCGGGUGGCUGCUCAAGUGCUGCAAGAGCAACCACGUCGAGGCCAACGCGAAGCUUGCGCUUCUCUACGACUGGCUCUUUUUCGUGCCGAAGACCGACAACAUCAUGAACAUCGAGCCGGGGAUACUCGUCAUGUUUCAGUCGAUACCAAAGUACGUGGACAUGACCAACUCGCUGCUGGAGUUUCUCUUCCUGCUGAUGGAGCACUACGAUCCUCCGAGAAAGGAGCUGCUCCACCGGGGCGUAGCAGCGUCGGUGGAGAUCUUGGUUGGGAAAGGUGUUGUCCGGAACUUGGAGCCUCUAGCGACGGCACCGGCCAUCGCGUUGCCACUGCGGGAGAAGCUGUCCCAGCUCUUCCCACUCUACUGUAAAGUCGAAGGUGCUGGCGAUGGCCUCAAGCUCAAACCUCUCGGCAAGCUCGCAGUACGUGAGGAGAGCGAGGAUAAAGGCGAAGUGGACACUACUUCCGAGAGUGUGAUUCGGAAGAGAAGGCGAACGGGUGUUCACGAUCCAAACGCGAGUGAGCUGAACUCACACCUGGAGAAGUUCUCAAAGGCGCUGGCCCUGUCACAAGACGCCGCCAUCAAAGUUCUCGAGAGCUCCCUGGGAUGCUUGACUUCUCAGGAGCGAGCCGAGAAGUUUGCGUCCCAGGUAACGGAUAUCACAAAGAAGGCAGCGUACGAUCUCUUCUCGCCUCUAGCAGCUACACCGACGACCAAGGCCGAAGGUGAUGAGACCAUGUCCCUGACUUCCAGCCUCUUGAGGCUCUACGUUGGUUUCGGCUAUCCUCACGUCCGGACGAUGCUGCUCUUCUGGUCCCGGGAAGGAUUUGCAGUCGGGCCACGACUCCUUUGUUACGUAAGCCGGCUUGCGGAAGAACUGGAGACGAAGGACUACGUGCUUGGCAUCCUCAAGAGCAAAGACGCGGACCAGAUCAAAGCCGAGGCCUCCGACAUCAGCGACGAGGAUGGCGAGGCGACGAGAGCUCCAGAGACAAAGCGGCUCCAGAGGCAAGGCAGCAGCGCUACGCAGAAAAGUUUACGCAAAAGGUUUCACAACGCAGUGGCCGAGGCUUUCAAAGCCUACGAGGAGUUCCAGAGAAGUCUCGUCCUGAUCAACGUUGCAGCCGAAAGCGUCGCGAAUCCAGACGAAGAAGUCAGGUCCGCUCUACUCAACGAUCUCAAGACGUGCUUGGUGUGGAACGUUGCUCGGCUCCAACGAGUUCUCCCGUCGGUGUGCCGCUACCUCCCGAAUCUGGCAGUCGGCUAUGACAAGUUCAUGCACUUGAUGGUCUCGGUCCUCGGCCCAGCGGAGAUACUGAGCGUGGAGUUCCGGCUCGCUCUCGGCGAGUUCCCCGUGAUAGGCAGCGCCGAAAACUUGGCCAGGCUCGUCAAGGCGUCACUGGCCUGGGACUCGAUCGAGCAGCACUACUUUUGGAAGCUCCUCAUCGCGGAAGUACAGGGGUGUGGACCCUUGACAAGCCUCGAGGUGCUCAAGCUCUGCUCCAGCUGCGUCAACCCGGAGAGCGAUGUGGAAGCCAUGUCCGGGAUGCUGUCGCUGCUGCGAACGUCGACUCCAAGCACUGCUCUCUCGUCCACUCUGCUCUUGGCUCCUCCGAGCUUCGCAGACUUGGCGGUGGCGGUGUUCACGAGCUGGUUCCUCGCGUUUUUCCCGGCUCUUGCAUCGUCGCUGGGCGAGCUAGAGGAGAAACUUAGCGGCGGCGGCGGCGGCAAGAUCUCUCCAGCGAUGGCCGAGGCGCUCAUUAGCCAUUUCGAGAGCUUUGAUCUUGGCGAGGACACGAGGCCAAAGGAAGCUGGCGAGAUCAAGCAAGCUUUCGCGAGGAUUGUUUCGUGUUAUCAAGAGGACAACAACUCCGAGACAACUUAGCUUGAUUGGAAUUUCUUUUAAACAUUGAAUGAAGGUUCUCUAGCAUGCGUCA